AUGAUUUUAUUCUGCUGCAUAAUCUGGAUCCUCGCAUUUAUCAUCAUAUCUCCGAUAGUAUUCCAAGUCAAGAAACCGAUAGAUUUCGGUAGGUUCGGAUACAGCCCUGUCGGAAUGUGCAACUUGGAACCUGGUAUUUUGUCGGAUUCCAGAGCAGGAUUGAUUCACAAGAUCGACAAGAAGGACAAGAAGGACAAGAUUGACAAGAAGAACAAGAAGGACAAGAUCGACAAGAAGGACAAGAAGGACAAGAAGGACAAGAUUGACAAGAUUGACAAGAUUGACAAGAUUGACAAGAAGAACAAGAUUGACAAGAUUGACAAGAUUGACAAGAUUGACAAGAUUAACAAGAUUGACAUGAUUGACAAGAAGAACAAGAUUGACAAGAUUGACAAGAAGGAGAAUAUUGACAAGAUUGACAAGAUUGACAAGAUUGACAAGAAGGACAAGAAGGACAAGAUUAACAAGAUCGACAAGAAGGACACGAAGGACAAGAUUGACAAGAUUGACAAGAUUAACAAGAUUGACAUGAUUGACAAGAAGAACAAGAUUGACAAGAUUGACAAGAAGGAGAAUAUUGACAAAAUUGACAAGAUUGACAAGAUUGACAAGAUUGACAAGAAGGACAAGUAUGACAAGAAAAACAAGAUUAACAAUUUUGACAAGAUUUACAAGAUUGAUAAGAUUGACAAGAUUGACAAGAUUGACAAGAUUAACAAGAUUAACAAGAUUGACAAGAUUGACAAGAUUGACAAGAUUGACAAGAUUGACAAGAUUGACAAAAAAGGCAAUAAGGAAAAUAAGAACAGGAAAGCCAAGAAUGACAAUAAGGACAAUAAGGACAAUAAUAGCAAAGACAAUAAGGUCAAGAAAGACAAGAAGGACAAGACGGACAAGAAGAACGUUAAAAAAUAACUUGAUUGACAAGAUAGACAAGAAAGACUUACAGAAAGUACAAGAAGAAGAUUUACAAGAAUUAUAUUGUAUAGAAUGGGCGGAUAGAAGGUACAAGAUUUACAAGAAUUAUAUUGUAUAGAAUGGGCGGAUAGAAGGUACAAGAUUUACAAGAAUUAUAUUGUAUAGAAUGGGCGGAUAGAAGGUACAAGAUUUACAAGAAUUAUAUUGUAUAGAAUGGGCGGAUACCUAUAUGAAGCAGAGUACAAUAAAAGCGUAUAUAACCCUGUUCUCCUAUUCUUGGUACUGGUGGAACUAUACUAUUCACUUUCUAGUUAUAUCCCUAUAUUUCAAGGAUUUCUCAAAAAUCUAUUCAGUUUUCUUGAAAGAUGUGUUCUCUCUUCUCUCUGCCUGCCUCUCAGUCCAAAAUAAACAAUCCGCCAAUUUAGCUGGAAGAACUAUAGCAGCUAAUGCAGCUGAAGCAGCUGAAACUGCUGGAGGAACGGAAGCAGCUGAAUCAGCUGAACCAGGUUGAGGAGCUGGAAUCAUAAACCAUGGUUUCCAAAUUAAUAACUUUUAUGUUUUCGGUGAAAAUUCAGAUAUUUUGAGAUCUGUAAAUGUAUGUAACAUGGAUAAACUUAAACAAGAAAUGAAUGGGCCAAGUGUUCAUAAACAAAAUCAAUCAGUGAAUGGAAAAUUUAACGCCUGUAAACUUUUAUCCCUGUACAAGAGUACACCCUGCAGUAUGGUUGAGUGCAAUAAAGAACCGGUUCAAACAA